AUGGCUAAUAGUCGAGGUUCCAAGCUAGUCCAGGAGGUACCUGCAGUCAUGAAUGAGAUUACUAAGUGGAUGACAAUGACUGGAGUUUCCAAGAAUGAGGUUUUACAUGAAGGUUGCAUCUGUUUCCACUUCUAUGCCUGUGAGGUUAAGGUCAAGAGCAAGUUUGAGACCAUCUCGCAUGGCCCAAAGUUCAGCUUCGAUACUGGACAAGUGGCCAAUGUUGCGGCAGAAACCAGAAAUCCAUUUACCCGUCCAGUCCCUAAUGAUACCACCGACAGCGGGUUGACGAUCAAUAAUGUAGAAAAAAAAAAACUCCAUCUACGGCAGCGGCCGUGGGGAAAAUUCGCGGCGGAGAUUCGAGAUCCGAACCGGAAGGGAGCGAGGAUUUGGCUCGGGACUUUCGACACCGCCUUGGAGGCUGCCAAGGCGUACGAUCGAGCGGCGUUCAAGCUGCGGGGAAGUAAGGCUAUAUUGAAUUUUCCUCAUGAGAUUGGGCAUCUGCCGGAAUCUGACACACCGGUGGAGAAUCGCCGGAAAAGACGUAGAGGAGGUGACGCUGAGGAGAGAGAGGGAGUGGUGGUGGUGAAGAGAGAGAAAGUGCCGGAAUCUGACGUCAAGACGGAGUGUGUUUCUACUGUUUGUCCGUUGACGCCGUCAAGUUGGACGUUUUGGGACUGUGCAGAAAUGAAGGGGAUAUUUGACGUCCCUCCGUUAUCGCCGUUAUCACCCCAUCCUUCACUUGGAUAUUCACAGCUCAUGGCAUUUGAGGAAGCAAUAGCUGAACUUGAUACUUUAGGUGAAGAAUCAUACAAGGACAGCACUCUCAUCAUGCAACUGCUAAGGGACAAUCUGACUCUUUGGACUUCAAACAUGCAAGACCAGAUAGAUGAAUCCUAA